AUGGGACUGGUAACCACCACGGCAGAGCGCCGCGCUGAGGCCGAAGGAGCCGACUGCUCUCCCGAGGGCCAGUGGAACUGCAUGCCCCGGACCUGGCAGCGGUGCGCGGACGGGAAAUGGAGCCAGGUCAUGAAUCUCUCGGACGGGACCAUCUGCACGCCCGCUGGGCUGACUGAGGAGAUCACCAUCGAGCACGAUGGCUCAGUAAACGGCACUGAUGAUGGAGGAGGCAGCCGCAGGACCAGCGACGGCACGCGCAGCUCCGUCAGCAGGUUUCUGGUAUUAUGGGUGUUAGCGAUGCUGAUCCAGUGGAGAUGGAGCUGA